GUGUUUGUUUGUUGCUCUCUCUCACUCUCCCAGUUGACAAACCACUCCCUCCUCGUCUUCUCCUCUAUAUCUCUUCCCUUUUUCUUCCCCUUUUUGUGACAAGAAGAAUAUUUCUUAAAUGGGUUUUGUAUGAUAGUGGAUGUUUCAAGAUCUAAAGAAAAAUGCAAGAGUUUCAGGGGAAUUUCUUCCGCUCACUGCGGCUCCAAUGCAAUUGAGUUGAUGUGGUUCAGCUCUGGUUUUAGCUGUCUCAAGUGGGUUUAGGUUUCAUGGCCACUCUACACCCAUUUUCCUGAUCAGAUGAAAGGAGCUGGUGGAGAUGUUUCCAGGAGAACAGAAAGGGCUAAAGAUGGUACAAUUUUACUACUACGGUCACUCUCAUAUACCCUGUGCCAGACAACUUCCCAUGAAGCUCUUUUCCACUUCUUUGGUUCUGCUUUUCCUUUCUGUGGUAGCCACUCUUCUUCCUCUGGCAAUUGCUGAUCUGGAUGCUGACAAGCAAGCCCUUCUUGACUUUGCUGAUGCUGUUCCCCAUCGCAGAAAACUCAACUGGAAUUCUUCUACCCCAGUAUGUACCUCAUGGGUGGGCAUCAAUUGCACUGGUGAUGGCAGCCGUGUGCGUGCCCUCCGGCUCCCUGGCAUCGGACUUACUGGCUCCAUCCCAGCUACCACUCUCGGGAAGCUAGAUGCCCUCGAGAUUCUCAGCCUUCGAUCCAAUCUCCUCACUGGGAAGCUUCCCUCUGACAUCCCCUCCCUUCCUUCCCUCCAGUAUCUCUUCCUUCAACAUAAUAACUUCUCAGGUGAUAUUCCUGCCUCAUUUUCUCCCCAACUCACUGUACUGGAUCUCUCAUUUAAUUCCUUCACUGGCAACAUUCCACUAACAAUUUGGAAUUUGACGCAACUCACUGGAUUGAACCUCCAGAACAACAGCCUUUCUGGAGCCAUACCUGAUGUCAACCCCUCAAAACUCAAGCAUUUGAACUUAAGCUACAAUAAUCUUAAUGGUUCUAUUCCAUCUUCCCUUCAAAGAUUCCCCAAUUCUUCAUUUGUAGGAAACUCUCUAUUAUGUGGACCUCCUCUGAAUAAUUGCUCCCUCAUCCCCCUUUCACCUUCUCCUGCUCCUAGCUUCCCAUCCCCACCAAUGGCCUCUGAAAAACAAGGCUCCAAAAAGAAACUCAGUAUGGGGAUUAUCAUUGCCAUUGCUGUUGGAGGGGCUGUGGUGCUGUUUCUUGUAGUUCUGAUGAUCUUCCUGUGCUGUUUGAGGAAAAAAGAUAGUGAGGGCAGUGGUGUGGCGAAAGGGAAGGCUUCUGGUGGUGGCAGGAGUGAGAAACCCAAGGAGGAGUUUGGGAGUGGAGUGCAAGAGCCGGACAAAAACAAGCUGGUCUUCUUUGAAGGCUGUUCUUAUAAUUUUGAUCUUGAGGAUUUAUUAAGGGCUUCAGCUGAAGUGCUGGGGAAAGGAAGUUAUGGGACAGCAUAUAAGGCUGUCUUGGAGGAAUCAACUACAGUAGUAGUGAAAAGAUUGAAGGAAGUUGUGGUGGGAAAGAGGGAUUUUGAACAGCAGAUGGAUAUUGUGGGAAGGGUAGGGCAGCACCCAAAUGUUGUGCCACUCCGUGCUUAUUAUUACUCCAAGGAUGAGAAGCUCCUGGUUUAUGACUAUGUCUCAGGUGGCAGCUUAUCGGCACUGUUGCAUGGAAACAGGCCUACUGGACGAUCUCCACUGGACUGGAAUGCAAGAGUGAAGAUCUCUCUUGGAAUUGCAAGGGGAAUCACCCACAUUCACUCUGUAGGUGGUGGAAAGUUCACUCAUGGAAAUAUCAAGUCCUCAAACGUUCUUCUGAACCAAGACUUUGAGGGGUGCAUCUCUGAUUUUGGCCUAACUCCUCUCAUGAACUUCCCCGCCACCCCUUCUCGAAAUGCAGGCUACCGUGCUCCUGAGGUGAUUGAAAGCCGAAAGCACACUCAUAAAUCUGAUGUUUACAGCUUUGGUGUCCUCCUACUUGAGAUGCUGACUGGCAAAGCUCCACUCCAAUCUCCAGGGCGAGAUGACAUGGUUGAUCUCCCAAGGUGGGUCCAGUCUGUUGUCCGGGAGGAAUGGACAGCUGAGGUUUUUGACAUUGAGCUAAUGAGGUAUCAAAACAUAGAAGAAGAGAUGGUGCAGAUGCUGCAACUUGCCAUGGCCUGUGUGGCAAAGGUGCCUGAUAUGCGACCUAGCAUGGAUGAAGUUGUUAGAAUGAUUGAAGAGAUCCGGCAAUCUGACUCAGAGAACCGGCCAUCUUCUGAAGAGAACAAGUCCAAGGACUCAAAUGUGCAAACCCCAUGAUUGCCCAAAACUCGUUGCUGUUCGAUUUCCAAGUUUCCAGUUAUCAAGAAAAAUUCAUCCAAUUCAGGAGGCAAGAUUGAACAUUUCUGUAUACAUGCCUAAUAAGGUUUUUCCCAAGUGCUGAAAAAACCUUAUCUGCAUGUAUGGCUUCUAAGAGUGUGAAUCUGUCCUAGUUGUGCAUUUUCUUAGGAUUAAUUCUAGAAUUUUUUUUCCUGUUAUUUGGUGGGUUUUUCUUUUCCUUGAUUUGUUGUAAUAAUUAUUCUCAAAACCAUUAUGAAUUUAUUGAUGUUUUCCCAUCAAGAACUUCUGUUGGAAAGAGGAAGAGGAUUGUUUUCUCAUCUGUAAGGUAUGACUGACAGAAUUUUCAACUGCAUUAUUAGAAACUUGCCUUCCAUA